AAUCUCUGUGUGAAGAACUCGCAAAAUCUAUUCCAAUUGACAUCGAUCGUUUGAAAUUAACUGACAGAGUUAUUCUAGAUCCAAAAUCUUCUAACCAACUUUUAAUAGAAUUUCAAAUUAUAAAGUCUCAAGAUGUUUUAUCUCCUAGCGUGCAAAGUAUUAUUAAAGACGCUGAUAGUUUAAUUAAACAUAAAUUUUUCACUAAUCUUGCUUUACAGAAUUAUACUGUAUAUUUAGAUGAAACGUAUGAUCAACAGCUCAAAAAUCAGCAACUUGAAAAUCAGGAGCUUGAAAAUCAGCAAUUCGAAAAUGUUGAAAAAACUGAAUUUAAGGAUAAUGAAUGUUUUGAAAUGGAUAAUAUUGGAGAGUAUAAUAUUAUUAAUGGUGAAGACAUAAUCUGUAAAAUCAUUAAUGUUCAUUGGGAUGAAGUCAAUUGUGGAACUUUUGUAGUAGUAAAUGU